AGCUAUGUAUGUGGAGUACCGAUAAAUGGGAGAGCUGAAAUCAAGGUUCAUACAAGCACCAGCUGGCCGUCAUCCCCUUUUGUCGGAGAAACUAACGUCCAGUUUCAUAAUGAUCAAACACAUCUUUUGGUGUGUUCAUGAUAGCCAAAUUUCCAUUUAUGACAGCAAGCUUGAAUGUUCACGUUCAGUUUCGGGAAUUGCUGGGGCUUUAGAUUCUGCUCUUACAGGAGCAAGUCUUGCUCCUGUUCAGAAUUCACAUUCUGAUCAAGGAAAGUCUUGUGUUUAACAUUAAAACUAGUGUUACACUUUUAGAG